AUGCACUUUUCCCUCAACCUCUCCCAGGCUACUGAAGGACGAGAAUUCAUCGGAAUGCUUUCAGUGACUAAUGGAGGACAACACGGUGAUUGGGGAGAAGUGCAAUCCUGUUCUAAUGGCUACGCUAAUCAGUUUUCGCUAAUGGUACAUGGCAAACAGGGGGCCUUCCAAGAUGACACUUCUCUAAAUGGCAUUAGACUGUACUGUACAGAUGGCUCAGUCAUCACAUCCCUAGUGGGAAGGCACGGCGACUGGAGUCAUGAACAUUCAUGCAAGUCUGGCUUCCUGAAGUCAUUCUCGCUUCGAGUGUUUGAAUUUGAAAGAGGGACUGAUAAUACGGUGGCUGAGAACAUUAAGUUCAGGUGCACAGAUGGAACUGAAACGGAAGGGCAUGGUCACAACUGGGGCAGAUAUGGUUCAUGGAGUGCACCCUGCCCAAAGGGUGGCAUUUGUGGAAUUCAGACAAGGGUGGAUUUAAGAGAUAGGCAAUCUACACAGGAUCUCACUGGGCUCAAUAAUGUGAAGUUUUUCUGUUGCAGUUAA